GACACUGCGCAGCUGGCAGCCCACAUCGAACAGCGCCACCGACGCCACCACAACGUACAGGAACAGGACAGCAACUGUCCGACCGCACCGCCGCCUCCCUCUCUUCUCUUCCUCCCUCCCACCUCCCGCCCACGCCCAGAUCUCCGCGAGCUUCGAGAGAGCGGCAGCAGCAGCCUCGCCUCCGCACGACACGAGGACGGACAUGGCGACCUUCACCAAGCUCGAGGACUCCCCCAUGUUCCGGAAGCAGGUCAAUUCUUUGGAACAUCUUACUGAUGAACUGAAAGAGCGGUGUUCAAACCUACAUAAAGGAUGCAAAAGAUUCAUGGGAUCACUUGAUGAAGGAUAUGCUGGAGAUCUUUCAUUCGCUGAUGCUCUGCAAGCAUUCGGUGCUGCUCAAGAUGACCCUGUUAGUGUUGCCAUUGGAGGGCCUGUAAUGUCCAAAUUUACUACUGCUUUUAGGGAGCUUGGAACAUACAAGGAACUCCUUCGUUCUCAGGUCGAGCAUAUGCUUAGUGAACGUCUGUCGCAGUUCAUGAAUGUGGAUUUAAAUGGUGUGAAGGAUUGCCGGCGACGUUUGGAUAGGGCUGCGGUGAGUUAUGAUCAGGCACGUGAAAAAUUUGUGUCAGUGCGAAAAGGGACUAGAGCAGAAGUAGUGACAGGACUUGAGGAGGAUCUACACAAUGCCAAGUCAGCUUUCGAAAGAUGCCGCUUUAACUUAGUACACGCCCUUGCAAACAUUGAGGCAAAAAAGAAGUUUGAGUUCUUGGAAUCAAUAAGUGCAGUGAUGGAUGCCCAUUUGAGAUAUUUUAAGCAGGGAUACGAGCUAUUGAGUCAAAUGGAACCAUUCAUUCACCAGGUUCUAACAUAUGCACAGCAAUCAAAAGAAAUGGCCAUCAAUGAGCAAGAUAAACUUGCAAAGAGAAUUCAAGAGUUUAGAACUCAAGAGGAAAUAGCAAAUGUGAGAAUGGCUAGUAAUGUGGACACAUCUACUAGUGGUGAUGGUAUCCACGUUGUUGGUCUUCAAUCCUAUAAAAAAAUUGAAGCCAUGAUGCAGUCAUCUGCCAAUGGCGAGGUUCAAGUUAUUAAACAAGGUUAUCUAUUUAAGCGUCCUCAAAAUCUAAGAGGAGAAUGGAAGAGGAGAUUCUUUGUUCUUAACAGUCACGGGACUCUGUACUACUACGGGAAGGGAAAUAAACAGUCGCAAGGAGUGGCAUCACAACAGACAGCUGGGGAAGGAGCCGGUGUUUUUGGUCGAUUCAGAUUCUUAAACCAAAGAGCUUCAUCUCCGGGUGAAAAUUCACUAUCGAGCCAUACAAUUGACCUCAGAACUUCAACAAUUAAGAUUGAUGCGGAUGAAAAUGAUUUAAGAUUUUGCUUCAGAAUAAUCUCACCCAUUAAAACAUACACUUUACAGGCAGAAUCAGGGGUUGAUCAAAAGGACUGGAUCCAGAAAAUUACUGGAGUUAUUGCAUCACUACUAAAUUCACCAUUCCCACAGCAGUUGUCAUACGGGAAUCUAUCGGCAGAAAAUCUCCGAUCUUCAAGUUCUGUUGAUUUUGUAUCUCUUGAAGAUAACAAGAGUUCAGAGGGACAUGAUGAUAUAUUCAACCUUCUGAGGAAUAUUCCUGGAAAUGACAGUUGUGCGGAGUGUCGUUCUCCAGAUCCUGAUUGGGCAUCUCUAAACUUGGGUAUUCUGAUUUGCAUUGAAUGCUCUGGGGCUCACAGGAAUCUUGGAGUACACAUUUCAAAGGUUCGAUCCUUAAGAUUAGAUGUGAAAGUAUGGGAGCCUGUAAUUAUGGAUUUGUUUCGUGCACUUGGAAACGAUUACGCUAAUUCCAUUUGGGAAGCUCUGCUUCCAAAAGAAGAUCAAGGAAUGGACGAAUCAAAUGGAGCUAUUCUUUUCAUUGAAAAGCCUAAACCUAGUGAUGCUUUCUCAAUAAAGGAGAGGUACAUACAAUCAAAGUACGUAGACAAACUUCUUUUUGCCAGAGACACCGAUCAAACUACUAUCGAUAUAUUGGAAGCUAUAAGGACAAACAACGUGAGAGCAGCAUAUCAUAUUCUUGUAACUGCUGACGUGAGCGCUAACGUGACAUAUGAUGACUUGAGCAAAGAUGUCCAGCAUGUUCAGCCAGUGACAGACAAGAUGUUGUUUGACCCUGCAUCUUGUGAGAUAACUGAGGAGUCUGGGAAACCAGAAGGCUGUCUACAAGGCUGUUCCUUAUUGCACUUAGCGUGUCAAUAUGGCAAUCCUGUAAUGGUAGAGGUUCUGCUACUUUUUGGCGCGGAUAUUAAUAUGCAGGACUUCCAUGGACGGACACCAUUGCAUCGUUGUGUCCAAAAUAAAAAUGAUGCUCUCACUAAGCAUCUGCUGAAGAGGGGUGCAAGAACAACAAUUAAAGAUGGCGGAGGUCUGACUGCUUUGGAAAGAAGAAUGGAACUUGGAGCAAUAACUGAUGAAGAAUUGUUCAUAUUAUUUGUGAGGUGAUGUUGCAAGAACAACACAGGGUUGUAGGAAGCGGCUUUUUGUACCUGAUAGCUUUGUAUACCACCUAUCUUAGCUUCUUCUGGAAUGAAUUCAAUUUCUACACGUGAAUACAAAUGCCUUCAACCUUACUAUGAUAUAACUUAUCUGACCUUUGCCCUUUACGAUGUUGUAAAUUGUACUCUUCCACAUGACGACAUCGCUGGUUUGUAUAACAAUUAUAGGUUAAUAUAUACAGCAUUCAUUUA